UAUAAAGAUGACAAUACCGUCGGAAAGAAAUUCUGUUUCUCGGUUUCCACCAAGGCAAAAGACCGAGAGAUGUCGCACAACUCGUCAUCUGCGAGCGAUCCACGGCAGCCGUCCACGGCAAAGCCGUACGUACCUCCAGUGCUGCCCCCGCAAGACCUUCCGGUGGACUACUCGGGCUUCAUUGCCGUCAUCUUUGGCAUUGCUGGAGUCAUGUUCAGGUACAAGAUGAGCUCGUGGCUUGCUAUUAUAUUCUGUGCUCAAUCGCUUGCAAACAUGAGGAAUGUGGAAAACGAUCUCAAGCAGAUCUCCAUGGCCUUUAUGUUUGCCAUUAUGGGAUUGGUGACGAACUACCUGGGGCCUGCUCGUCCACCCACGCGAAGUUGAGAUUCCUAUUCCUCUAAUCAUGGGAUUAAUCUAUGGUAUUGGUUUCUUUUAUAAGUACUAUUUGUUCCGUUCUGGGUUGUGAUAAAACAAACUUCUAAGUCAGGCUAAAAAAAGAGAUCAUUCAGACUGAAACUAUUGCAUCCGUUGAGAAUGCCCUGUUGCAUUGCCUAACAAGGAUAGGAAUGCUGUGGUAUUGCUAAUAUGUUCAAUACAUCUAGGACGGUUGAAUGUGUACUUAGUAAAUCGCGUUCUUAUCAUUUGCAA